UUAGACUAUCAAUUUGAUGUUUGCCAAGUUUUGGCAGGAAGACGGAAAAAUUGUUUCCGUUGUUAGUAUUUCUUUGGCACUUAUAUGAGAAAUUCCUUAAUUUCAAAUUUUUGUUCUUUCUUGCACCGAAGAACACAAUUACCAAGACUCAAAAAUGGCGAACCCUAGCAGAAGCAACGAAAGAGCAGUGAUCGAAGAUAACAUGCUUCUCACCAUGUUUGAUGCCUCCAUUACCAACGACACUACUCAAGACUCUCUCGAUGAACGGAUUGCUUUUUUGGAUGCUGUUCGUGCUUCUUCAAUUGGGCUUGAAUAUGGAAAACCACCAAAUUCAAAAAUAUAUGAGGCAGUCUUCCAAAUGCUGAGGACUGGGAAGUCUUUACAGUUGAUUGUGGCAAGUUAUAAGCUUCUGGUUGAUUUAGAAAAGCGUUUCCCUCGUGCAUAUUUAUCCGGUGAAGAUGUUUCUAUGUCACCGUCUACUUCUACACCGGAAUUGGUUGUGGACGAAGAGGCAUGGUCUCCCCUUAUUGUUGGCUUGGAUAAUGCCACUGCUGUCAGUGAAGCCGGUGGCAAAAAGUCCGGCGGACGUUUGGACUCUUCUAGCUUUCAUCGCCUGAUUGAAGAGCUCGCCGAAACUUUAACUGAGUCCAACAAUCAAGCAGCAAGCAUGAAGCCCUUGCAGAACUUGCUACUCUUUCAAUAUCUUGUCAUUGUACUUGAAGGCGAUUUUCUACCUCGCAAUGCUACCAUGAACUGGAGCUUGCAGAGGGAGUCUUUGCUCAACCUGUUAAUGGGAUCUAGGAAAAUAAACUACAAGAGUUUAAUGAAAGACUGCAUUAAAGUUAUCUGUCUACUAUGCCAACUUCUUCAAAAUGUUCUUAGUAAAAAUCUAGAAGUUGAAAAGAGUUCUGAAUCUCAGUUAUCCGAAAAUUACCAUAUUGCAUUAUCUCUUGCUUUUCUUGAAGUAUUAAAGAACACACAUGUUUUUAUGGGGAAACUUUUGGUGAUGAUUAUGGCCCUUGAUAUGUCUAGGAAGAAAGCAGAUAUUGAAGGCCAUACUUCAAGAGUAGAUAGUCCAAGAACACCGUUAGUAGACAUAGUUCUGGAUGAACUUGCUUACGAUAAAGAUAAUAUUCCUCAUUUUCUUAAGAUCUUCAGCGAGCCUAAAUGGAAGCUGGAAAUAGUUGUGCAGUAUUUUUGGAAAUACAUAAGAAAGCCUGCUGCUCGCACUCGCCGAUCAAAUGGUGAUACUGUAGUAGAUGCAACAUUUGAUGGUGUUGUGAAAUGCUUUUCGAACAGCACUGGCACCAAGAGCAUAAUAAAAAAAAUUGGUGCAGAUGUAGUUCAGUUGCUUUUGGCUCAUGGUUUUCUGGCUCAAUUAUCAAUAUUAUUAGAAAGAAAUGCAAACGACAACAUUGCUGAAGACAGAGAAGAAGGGGCCAAUGCUCUUGUAGAUUUGUGCCACACGUUGAUAUCUGCUUUUGAUAGUUUGAGAAGCACCGAUAAGGAUAUGGAAAUAUUGUCGAUUGGAAAAGAGGCACUAUUUACUGCAGCAAGUUAUAUCUCCAUGGAGUCAUAGGAGUGUAAAUUAAAGCAUUUAUUUUAUUUAGUUUAUUUUACUCAUUCUUCUUAUAACAAAUGCGUUGAUUUCAAUCAAUUCAUUCUUUAUUAGAGUAUGAGGCUUUGUAACUUUUAGAUUAAAUGCAUGAGAUACUUUUCCUUAGGGAAAUUUUGUAUAUUGUCUUUCUGAAUGAUUUUGAAUGGCAAUACCUCAAAAGGCCAAAACCAUUACAA